AUCUUAUUAACAUAAUUAAACAACAUGGCGGACAGUGGCAAUGCAUUCCCGAUUACUUCCUGAGUUGGUCUUGCAGUUUUCCUGCCGUGUUUUUCUGGGGUCUUUUCCUCUAGUCGCUCAAAAUGACAGAGAGGGUAGAAUGGGUGGAGAUCAUCGAGCCCAAGACCCAGCGGCCGAUGUACGGCAACUUGAGGACAGGGGAACUGGCUUGGGAACCCCCCUCAAAUGCCAAAGUAAAGAAGAGAGACAACAACCAGUGGUGGGAGCUUUUUGAUCCCAAGACCAAGCGAUUCUAUUACUAUAACGAGAUGCUGGAGAAAACAGUAUGGCACAGACCACUCAACUGUGAUAUCAUACCCCUGGCUAAGCUACAGACCCUGAAACUGAAUACUGAAGUAAGGCCAGACGAUGGUGAUUGGGCCAAACAGAGACAACAGUCAUCACAGCGGCACAGACACAGGAGGAGCCGUGAGCACCACAACCGCGACCGACGUACCGGUAGUGAGCGCGACAACGCCACAAACACUGCCUCAGAGGGACUUCUAGAGGACCAUACCAGGGCGGAGAGUGCUAAUGGAACAGGACCAAGGUUCCAUAAACGCAUGGAUUCAUUAGAUGAAAGGCAUAUCCAUGGCUCACCUGUUGAGAAUCGUCGUAAACCAACCCAGGCUGCCACAGUUCCUCCCCCGGGUGUUUCCCAUGGAUCACCUCAAUCCAGACGGGCCUAUCGGUACCCCUUAGACCAGCAGCAACAGGCUCUUUCCUACCAACAACAGCAGCAACAACAACACCAGCAUCAGCAACAGCAAGCAUCUUUUGAUCAGUUGCGGCGGCUACGCUCAGACAGCGAGCCUGUGGAGCCCAGCCCCCAUGCGCUGGUUGGGGUGGAGAAACGACGCAGAUCCUCCACAGACAACUCCCGCAUGCAUCACCAUCCGGGCUUUGAGAGACAGAACUCUGGCCGUGGAGAUGCCUUACGAGGCGUGGAUCUACUCCGCAGUAGUGGCAGGUCCUUUGAACGGGAUGGUUCACCUCCAAUGGGCUACCAGCAACGGGGCUCACCACGGUACCAGGAUGGUGUCGGAGUAAACUCAUCUUCACAAGGUGAUAUGUACAGAGAUGGCUUUGGCGGUGGAAGCCCCCAGUUUGGGAUGCCCUAUGGUCAGGGGUACCCACCACACCCACAAAAUAGGCAUUACCAACAUGAACGGUCAGAUAGCCAGCUGUCUAUAUCAAGCCAGCAUUCAGUAGGGGGUGGAGUUAGUGGAGGUGGGAGUGCGGACCACCAGCACCAUCAUCAUCAGGAGGAAGGUUCACCAGUCAGAACUGUCCAAGAUGAUAUCCGCAAGCCCGUACCCUCCCCACGUCUGAAGAAGAAGAGCAAGAUGCCCCGUAUGGGCCUUGGAGCUGUGCAACACCAUGCCCAGCCCCCGCCCCAUCCUUCCCCAACCAGUGCCCAUGGCCAUGCCCCACACCACCCCCAGCAGCAGCAUUCCAUCCCUGGUAUCCCCCACUCGCAAUCAGGUGAGCGUUUCCAGCAGUUUCAGCAGAGCCCUCCUCUACAGCAUGGGCAGUUCCAGCCCCAGCUCCCGCCCCCUCCACCUGUCAGUGAUUACCGCUCGGGUACACCCACUUCUGCCACGACAGCUUUCACAUUUCCCCAGCACCUGGGCCACUACCCUUAUGACAGACAGGACUCAUUUGAGGGUUCCCCAACAACGGUCCCAGUCACUUAUCACUACAAUGUCCAGACACCGGACUCCAGCGCCAGCCAAGACUCCUUCACCCCAUUGGAGUCCUCUGACUUGCCCCACCACUACCCAACCAAAGCUGAGUUCCGCUCGAACCUCCACAAGCACUCAGAGAGCCAACUCUCACAGACCUCCCAGCACUCAUUAUCAUCUCAGCACUCAGAUUCCUCCCUCCGUCAGAUCACUUCUGACUCCCAGUCCUCAGAUGAUGUGCUCAGAAGCAGCACUCCACCCCAGCAACCAAAGCCAGACAAUCACCUUGUGCAUUCAGUGCAACAACAACAGCAGCAACAAGCACCUCCACAAUCUGAGGACUCUACGUCCCAGCAUGUGUUCCCCAAGGCCUCCCAGGUCCAGAAGUUCAAACCCAAGCAGAAGCCCAGGCGUAUCAUCGAGGAUGGCCCCAACCCCAUCUACGAGAACCUGGACUUCAUCCACCAGAAGCAGCGUGAGGACCACCAGAGGGUGAGGUUACGAGAGCUGGAUCAGAUCCACUAUGCCACACUUGAACCUCCUCAGGUGCCACCUAGGCAGCGCAGGCCACUGUCAGGUAUGCCACCUGCCAUGAGUAUCAUCCCUAACGGGGACAGUGAGGUGAUCGAGGAGGGCCAGCUAGACCUGAGGGAUGAUGGGUCACAGGAAAACCUCAACAAGAGCUUUGACUCAGAUGAAAAUGAUGAUGAAGUCAAAGUCUCCCAGGAGGCACUGGUCUCUGAGGACCUGGGCUCUGUUGCCGAGGACGGGACGCUGAAUGACGGUACAGUUCCCAAUGAGGACCAAGAGGAUGAUGAGGACGAGCAAGGAGAGACAGUUCAUGAAUCGCUACGACGCACCAGGAAACAACAACAGCAGGACAAUGGAAGUAUGGCACCCUGCCUGCUGCCCACGCUAGAACGUAGCAUCUCAGUGCAGGACCAGCGCCCCUCCUCACUGGUAAUUGGAAUGGUUAAACCCCCCUCUGACGAGUGGAAGCAAAAACAUGGAACGGUCCCCGGUGCCAUCAAGCCGAGCCCCUCCCUCAUUACAAUGGGACGAUCCAAGAAGCCGUCAUCAUCGGAGAGUGAUCUGGAAAAUUACGCAGCCGAGAAUGUGAACCGCCACAAAAAGGGUAUCUUGAGGAGAAAGAUCCCACUGGCACAGAUGCUGUCAUUCACUAAGGACCCAAUUAGGAAACCCAUGCUGCUGACACGUGACAAAGUGGUCAAGAAAGAAGCAGUAGAUGUCUUCAAGCUGAUCCAGUGCUACAUGGGUGACCGGGCUCUCAAGAACCUGACCCAUGAAUCAGUGUCACUGGACUUGGUCCGACGAGGGUGGACAGUGGAGGGAUUACGGGAUGAGAUGUACAUCCAAGUCUGCCGGCAGACCACGGCCAAUUAUGUAGAUGACAGUUUACGCCGUGGCUGGGAAUUGAUGGCCAUAUUCCUCAACUUCUUCCCUCCAUCCAUUCGUUUCUUCUCUUAUCUGGAGGGUUAUAUCUACAAACAUCUCACUGGUGACUUUGAUACUAGACAGGUUCCUGUGCGGCAGUAUGCAGACCACUGCUACAAGAAACUGGAGAGGAUAGCACAGACUGGUGCCAGGAAAGGUGUCAAGAAAAUCACCCUGGAAGAAAUCAAUCUUGCCAAAGACUCGGUCUUUCAUCCUUCCCUGUUUGGGAACACCCUAGAUGAGGUCAUGGAAUUGCAGAAGGAACGGUUUCCUGACCGGAAGCUGCCGUGGAUUGCCGUCGUGUUGGCGGAGGAAGUACUGAGACUGGAAGGAGAGAAAGUGGAGGGGAUAUUCAGAGUUCCUGGUGAUAUUGAUGAGGUGAAUGCCCUCAAGGUCAAGUGUGACCAGUGGAUUAUGCCUCAGUGUGAUGAUGCCAACAUCCCUGCCUCAUUACUCAAGUUGUGGUACCGUGACCUCUAUGAUCCACUCAUUCCCAUGGAGUUCUAUGAACGUUGCGUUAGCUGUGGUGAGAAUGCUGAAGCUGCUUUGGCUAUUGUACAAGAACUGCCAGACCUGAACCGGCUGGUGCUCUGCCACUUCAUCAAGUUCCUGCAGAUCUUUUCCCAGGAAGAGAAUGUUUCCAGAACAAAGAUGGACAUCAACAAUCUAGCCAUGGUCAUGGCUCCAAAUUGCCUGCGAUGUGCCUCCGACAACCCUCAAAUCAUCUUUGAGAAUACCCGCAAGGAAAUGUCCUUUAUACGUCUGCUCAUCACCAACUUGGACACCAUCUUCAUGGCGGGCGUUAUAUAAGAGCCAUCUCUGCUUUUUAUUUCUUCAAUUCAUCAAAGUGUGACUUUUGUGUAGUGUAUCUUCAGAGUGAGACUUGUGAAGUUAUUUAAGGUGAUGUGCAUUAAGGACAGGUGUAUGGAUGGGCACCUGCUUGAAUGGGACAAUAAGAGAUACAGAGAGAAGCAAGAAUGUGUUCUUCCUCAAGGAGCACUUGUCAGGAUGUGCCUACUGGAUUUUGUCAUGAAAUUCUGAUGCAGAUUUCUUACGUGAAGAUGACUCUCAUAUUCACAGAGACCUUGCCAGUCCAUAUAACAUGAAAGUUGUAUAAGCACAGGACCACCUGGACCUCUGGGUCUAUGGAAUGCUGGAUCACAAUGAGCCAAGGUUUAAGGAUAUCCAUCAUUCUCUGUACACUCUGCAGUAACACUAAAUCAAUAUUCUGUGACAUUCUACAGUAUAGCACUCUAUAGAGGUCUGUAGAGUCUCCUUACCAGCAGUCGUUGGACCGCCAGUGUUCUGUACACAAAUCUAUUCAGUAUUACCAUGGAUUGUCAAUAACCUCAUCUGGUGGUUUGGUAAGCAGGCCUGUAUGCAACACGUACCUCUCCCUGGAUGGCAGAAUGUGCUGGAAGCAGAGCUGUUUAUAGAGAGAGAUUCGACAUGAGUGUCUCAAUUGUUGGAACCAAAAUGGUGGAUUAUGCAUCAGUG